AUGCUCGUGGACCAGGCAAGCUCUUGGACCAAGCAAGCUCUUUCCAUCACCCCUCCCCAUUCUCCCGAACCCCACCCCAUUCCCUCGCUUUCCAUCACCCUGUUUGAUUCUCUUGCUUUCCAUCACCCCGCCCCAUUCUCUCGCUUUCCAUCACCCCGCCCUAUUCUCCCGCUUUCCAGCACCCCGCCCCAUUCUCCCUCUUUCCAUAACCCCGCCCCAUUCUCGCGCUUUCCAUCAAUCCGCCCCAUUCCCCCGCUUUCCAUCACCCCGCCCCAUUCUCCCGCUUUCCAUCACCCCGCCCCGUUCUCCUGCUUUCAAUCCCUCCGCCCCAUUCUCCCUCCUUCCCUCACCCCGCCCCAUUCUCCCUCCUUCCAUCACCACAACCUGUUCUCCCGCUUUCCAUCACCCCGCCCCAUUCUCCCGAUUUCCAUCACCCGCCCCAUUCUCCCGCUUUCCAUCACCCCGCCCCAUUUUCCCGCUUUCCACCACCCCGCCCCAUUCUCCGGCUAUCCAUCACCCCGCCCCAUUCUCCCGCUUUCCAUCACCCCGCCCCAUUCUCCCUCCUUCCAUCAUCCCGCCCCAUUCUCCGUCCUUCCAUCUCCCCGCCCCAUUCUCCCACUUUCCAUCACCCCGCCCCAUUCUCCCGCUUUCCAUCACCCCUCCCCAUUCUCCCGCUUUUCAUCACCCCCCCCCAUUCUCCCGCCCCAUUCUCCCGCUUUCCAUCACCUCGCCCCAUUCUCCCGCAUUCCAUCACCCCGCCCCAUUCUCCUGCUUUCCAUCACCCCGCCCCAUUCUCCCUCCUUCCAUCAACCUGCCCCAUUCUCCCUCCUUCCAUCACCCCGCACCAUUCUCCCUCCUUCCGUCACCCCGCCCCAUUCUCCCGCUUUCCAUCACUCCGCCCCAUUCUCCCUCCUUCCAUCACCCCGCCCCAUUCUCCUGCUUUCCAUGACCCCGCCCCAUUCUCCCGCUUUCCAUCACCCCGCCCCAUUCUCCCGCUUUCCAUCACCUUGCCCCGUUCUCCCGCUUUCCAUCACCCCGCCCCAUUCUCCUGCUUUCCAUCACCCUGCCCCAUUCUCCCGCAUUCCAUCACCCUGCCCCAUUCUCCCGCUUUUCAUCACCCCGCCCCAUUUUCCCACCUUUCAUCACCCCGCCCCAUUCUCCCGCUUUCCAUCAUCCCACCCCAUUCUCCCGCUUUCCAUCACCCUGCCCCAUUCUCCCGCUUUCCAUCAUCCCGCCCCAUUCUCCCAGUUUCCAUCACCCCGCCCCAUUCUCCCGCUUUCCAUCACCCCGCCCCAUUCUCCCUCUUUCCAUCACCCCGCUCCAUUCUCCUGCUUUCCAUCACCCCACCCCAUUCUCUCGCUUUCCAUCACCCCGCCCCAUUCUCCCUCUUUCCAUCACCCCGCCCCAUUCUCCCGCUUUCCAUUCCCACGCCCCAUUCUCCCGCUUUCCAUCACCCCGCCCCAUUCUCCCGCUUUCCGUCACCCCGCCCCAUUCUCCCGCUUUCCUUCACCCCGCCCCAUUCUCCCGCUUUCCAUCACUCCGCCCAAUUCUCCCUUCUUCCAUCACCCCGCCCCAUUCUCCCGCUUUCCAUCAUCCUGCCCCAUUCACCAGCUUUCCAUCACCCCGCCCCAUUCUCCCGCUUUCCAUCACUCCGCCCGAUUCUCCCACUUUUCAUCACCCCGCCCCAUUCUCCCGCUUUCCAUCACCCCGCCCCAUUCUCCCGCUUUCCAUCACCUCGCCCCAUUCUCCCACCUUCCAUCACCCCACUCCAUUCUCCCGCAUUCCAUCACCCCGCCCCAUUCUCCCGCUUUCCAUCACCCCGCCCCAAUCUCUCGCUUUCCAUCACCCCGCCCCAUUCUCCCGCAUUCCAUCACCCUGCCCCAUUCUCCCUCCUUCCAUCACCCCGCCCUAUUCUCCCUCCUUCCAUCACCCCGCCCCAUUCUCCCUCCUUCCAUCACCCUGCCCCAUUCUCCCGCUUUCCAUCACCCCGCCCCAUUCUCCCACUUUCCAUCACCCUGCCCCAUUCUCCCGCUUUCCAUCACCCCGCCCCAUUCUCCCGCUUUCCAUCACCCCGCCCCAUUCUCCCGCUUUCCAUCACCCCGCCCCAUUCUCCUGCUUUCCAUCACCCCGCCCCAUACUCCCGCUUUCCAUCACCCCACCCCAUUCUCCCGCUUUCCAUCACCCCGCCCCAUUCUCCCGCUUUCCAUCACCCCGCCCCAUACUCCCGCAUUCCAUCACCCUGCCCCAUUCUCCCUCCUUCCAUCACCCCGCCCUAUUCUCCCUCCUUCCAUCACCCCGCCCCAUUCUCCCUCCUUCCAUCACCCUGCCCCAUUCUCCCGCUUUCCAUCACCCCGCCCCAUUCUCCCGCUUUCCAUCACCCUGCCCCAUUCUCCCGCUUUCCAUCACCCCGCCCCAUUCUCCCGCUUUCCAUCACCCCGCCCCAUUCUCCCGCUUUCCAUCACCCCGCCCCAUUCUCCUGCUUUCCAUCACCCCGCCCCAUACUCCCGCUUUCCAUCACCCCACCCCAUUCUCCCGCUUUCCAUCACCCCGCUCCAUUCUCCCGCUUUCCAUCACCCCACCCCAUUCUCCCGCUUUCCAUCACCCCGCCCCAAUCUCCCGCUUUCCAUCACCCCGCCCCAUUCUCCCGCUUUCCAUCACCCCGCCCCAUACUCCCGCAUUCCAUCACCCCGCCCCAUUCUCCCUCCUUCCAUCACCCCGCCCUAUUCUCCCUCCUUCCAUCACCCCGCCCCAUUCUCCCUCCUUCCAUCACCCUGCCCCAUUCUCCCGCUUUCCAUCACCCCGCCCCAUUCUCCCGCUUUCCAUCACCCUGCCCCAUUCUCCCGCUUUCCAUCACCCCGCCCCAUUCUCCCGCUUUCCAUCACCCCGCCCCAUUCUCCCGCUUUCCAUCACCCCGCCCCAUUCUCCUGCUUUCCAUCACCCCGCCCCAUACUCCCGCUUUCCAUCACCCCGCCCCAUUCUCCCGCUUUCCUUUACCCCGCCCCAUUCUCCCGCAUUCCAUCACCUUGCCCCUUUCUCCCUCCUUCCAUCACCCCGCCCCAUUCUCCCUCCUUCCAUCAACCUGCCCCAUUCUCCCUCCUUCCAUCACCCCACACCAUUCUCCCUCCUUCCGUCACCCCGUCCCAUUCUCCCGCUUUCCAUCAUCCCGCCCCAUUCUCCUUCCUUCCAUCACCCCGCCCCAUUCUCCCGCUUUCCAUCACCCCGCCCCAUUCUCCCGCUUUCCAUCACCCCGCCCCAUUCUCCCGCUUUCCAUCACCCCGCCCCAUUCUCCCGCUUUCCAUCACCUUGCUCCGUUCUCCCGCUUUCCAUCACCCCGCCCCAUUCUCCUGCUUUCCAUCACCCUGCCCCAUUCUCCCGCAUUCCAUCACCCUGCCCCAUUCUCCCGCUUUUCAUCACCCCGCCCCAUUUUCCCACCUUUCAUCACCCCGCCCCAUUCUCCCGCUUUCCAUCAUCCCACCCCAUUCUCCCGCUUUCCAUCACCCUGCCCCAUUCUCCCGCUUUCCAUCAUCCCGCCCCAUUUUCCCACCUUUCAUCACCCCGCCCCAUUCUCCCGCUUUCCAUCACCCCGCCCCAUUCUCCCGCUUUCCAUCACCCCACCCCAUUCUCCCGCUUUCCAUCACCCCGCCCCAAUCACCACCUUUCUGUCUCCCCGCCCCAUUCUCCCGCUUUCCAUCACCCCGCCCCAUUCUCCCACAAUCCAUCACCCCGCCCCAUUCUCCUGCUUUCAAUCUCCCUGCCCCAUUCUCCCGCUUUCCAUCACCUCGCCCCAUUCUCCCGCUUACCAUCACCUCGCCUCAUUCUCCCGCUUUCCAUCAUUCCACACCAUUCUCCCGCUUUCCAUCAUCUCGCCCUUUUCUCCCUCCUUCCAUCACCCCGCCCCGUUCUCCCGCUUUCCAUCACCCUGCCCCAUUCUCCCGCUUUCCAUCACCCCGCCCCAUUCUCCCGAUUUCCACCACCCUGCCCCAUUCUCCUGCAUUCCAUCACUCCUCCCCAUUCUCCCGCCUUCCAUCACACCGCCCCAUUCUCCCGCUUUCCAUCACACCGCCCCAUUCUCUAGCUUUCCAUCACCCCGCCCCAUUCUCCCGCUUUCCAUCACCCUGCCCCAUUCUCCCUCCUUCCAUCACCCCGCCCCAUUCUCUGGCUUUCCAUCACCCCGCCCCAUUCUCCCGCUUUCCAUCACCCCGCCCCAUUCUCCCGCUCUCCAUCACCCCGCCCCAUUCUCCCGCUUUCCAUCACUCCGCCCCAUUCUCCCGCUUUCCAGCACCCCGCCCCGUUCUCCCGCUUUCCAUCACCCCGCCCCAUUCUCCCGCAUUCCAUCACCCCGCCCAAUUCUCCCACUUUCCAUCACCCCGCCCCAAUCACCCCCUUUCCAUCCCCCCGCCCCAUUCUCCCUCCUUCAAUCAACCUGCCCCAUUCUCCCUCCUUCCAUCACCCUGCCCCAUUCACCCGCUUACCAUCACCCCGCCCCAUUCUCCCGCUUUCCAACACCCCCCCCCAUUCUCCCGCUUUCCAUCACCCCGCCCCAUUCUCCCGCUUUCCAUCACCCCACCCCAUUCUCACACUUUCCAUCACCCCGCCCCAAUCACCCCCUUUCCAUCCCCCCGCCCCAUUCUCCCUCCUUCAAUCAACCUGCCCCAUUCUCCCUCCUUCCAUCACCCCACACCAUUCUCCCUCCUUCCGUCACCCCGUCCCAUUGUCUGCUUUCCAUCACCCCGCCCCAUUCUCCUUCCUUCCAUCACCCCGCCCCAUUCUCCCGCUUUCUAUCACCCCGCCCCAUUCUCCCACUUUCCAUCACCCCGCCCCAUUCUCGCGCUUUCCAUCACCCCGCCCCAUUUUCCCGCUUUCCAUCACCCCGCCCCAUUCUCCCUCCUUCCAUCAACCGGAACCAUUCUCCCGCUUUCCAUCACUCCGCCCCAUUCUCCCACUUUCCAUCACCCCGCCCCAUUCUCCCGCUUUCCAUCACCCCGCCCCAUUCUCCCGCUUUCCAUCACCCCGGCCCACUCUCCCGCUUUCAUCACCCCGCCCCAUUCUCCCGCUUUCCAUUACCCCGCCCCAAUCUCCCGCAUUCCAUCACCCUGCCCCUUUCUCCCUCCUUCCAUCACCCCGCCCCAUUCUCCCUCCUUCCAUCAACCUGCCCCAUUCUCCCUCCUUCCAUCACCCCGCACCAUUCUCCCUCCUCCCGUCACCCCGUCCCAUUCUCCCGCUUUCCAUCACCCUGCCCCAUUCUCCUUCCUUCCAUCACACCGCCCCAUUCUCCCGCUUUCCAUCAACCCGCCCCAUUCUCCCUCCUUCCAUCUCCCUGCCCCAUUCUCCAGCCUUCCAUCAACCCGCCCCAUUCUCCCGCUUUCCAACACCCCGCUCCAUUCUCCCGCUUUCCAUCAUCCCGCCCCAUUCUCCCGCUUUCCAUCACCCCGCCCCAUUCUUCCGCUUUCCAUCACCCCGCCCCAUUCUCCCUCCUUCCAUCACCCCGCCCCAUUCUCCCUCCUUCCAUCACCCUGCCCCAUUUUCCCACUUUCCAUCACCCCGACCCAUUCUCCCGCUUUCCAUCACCCCGCCCUAUUCUCCCGCUUUCCAUCACCCCGCCCCAUUCUCCCGCUUUCCAUUACCCCGCCCCAUUCUCCCGCUUUCCAUCACCCCGCCCCAUUAUCCCUCCUUCCAUCACCCCGCCCCAUUCUCCCUCCUUCCAUCACCCUGCCCCAUUCUCCCGCUUUCCAUCACCCCGCUCCAUUCUCCCGCUUUCCAUCACCCCGCCCCAUUCUCCCUCCUUCCAUCACCCCGCCCCAUUCUCCCUCCUUCCAUCACCCUGCCCCAUUCUCCCUCGUUCCAUCACCCCGCCCCAUUCACCUGUUUUCCAUCACCCCGCCUCAUUCUCCCGCUUUCCAUCACCCCGCCCCAUUCUCCCGCUUUCCAUCACCCCGCCCCAUUCUCCCACCUUCCAUCACCCCGCUCCAUUCUGCCGCAUUCCAUGACCCCACCCCAUUCUCCCGCUUUCCAUCACCCCGCCCCAAUCUCCCGCUUUCCAUCACCCCGCCCCAUUCUCCCGCUUUCCAUCACCCCGCCCCGUACUCCCGCAUUCCAUCACCCCGCCCCAUUCUCCCUCCUUCCAUCACCCCGCCCUAUUCUCCCUCCUUCCAUCACCCCGCCCCAUUCUCCCGCUUUCCAUCACCCCGCCCCAUUCUCCCGCUUUCCAUCACCCCGCCCCAUUCUCCCGCUUUCCGUCACCCCGCCCCAUUCUCCCGCUUUCCAUCACCACGCCCCAUUCUCCUGCUUUCCAUCACCCCGCCCCAUUCUCCCGCUUUCCAUCACCCCGCCCCAUUCUCCCGCUUUCCAUUACCCCGCCCCAUUCUCUUGCUGUCCAUCAACCCGGCCCACUCUCCCUCCUACUAUCACCUUGCCCCAUUCUCCCUCCGUCCAUCACCCUGCCCCAUUCUCCCUCGUUCCAUCACCCCGCCCCGUUCUCCCGCUUUCCAUCACCCCACCCCAUUCUCCCGCUUUCCAUCACCCCGCCCCAAUCACCCCCUUUCCAUCACCCCGCCCCGUUCUCCCACUUUCCAUCACCCCGCCCCAUUCUCCCACUUUCCAUCACCCCGCCCCAUUCUCCCGCUUUCAAUCUCCCCGCCCCAUUCUCCCGCUUUCCAUCACCUUGCCCCAUUCUCCCGCUUUCCAUCACCUCGCCUCAUUCUCCCGCUUUCCAUCAUUCCACACCAUUCUCCCGCUUUCCAUCAUCUCGCCCCAUUCUCCCUCCUUCCAUCACCCCGCCCCAUUCUCCCGCUUUCCAUCACCCUGCCCCAUUCUCCCGCUUUCCAUCACCCCGCCCCAUUCUCCCGAUUUCCAUCACCCCGCCCCAUUCUCCCUCCUUCCAUCACCCCGCCCCAUUCUCUGGCUUUCCAUCACCCCGCCCCAUUCUCCCGCUUUCCAUCACCCCGCCCCAUUCUCCCGCUCUCCAUCACCCCGCCCCAUUCUCCCGCUUUCCAUCACCCCGCCCCAUUCUCCCGCUUUCCAUCACCACGCCCCAUUCUCCCGCAUUCCAUCACCUCGCCCAAUUCUCCCGCUUUCCUUCACUCUGCUCCAUUCUCCCUCCUUCCAUCACCCUGCCCCAUUCACCCGCUUUCCAUCACCCCGCCCCAUACUCCCGCUUUCCAACACCCCCCCCCAUUCUCCCGCUUUCCAUCACCCCGCCCCAUUCUCCCGCUUUCCAUCACCCCACCCCAUUCUCCCGCUUUCCAUCACCCCGCCCCAAUCACCCCCUUUCCAUCACCCCGCCCCAUUCUCCCAAUUUCCAUCACCCCGCCCUAUUCUCACGCAUUCCAUCACCCCGCCCCAUUCUCCCGCCUUCCAUCACACCGCCCCAUUCUCCCGCUUUCCAUCACACCGCCCCAUUCUCUCGCUUUCCAUCACCCCGCCCCAUUCUCCCGCUUUCCAUCACCCCGCACCAUUCUCCCUUCUUCAAUCACCCCGCCCACUUCUCCCUCCUUCCAUCACCCUGCCCCAUUCUCCCUCCUUCCAUCACCCCGCCCCAUUCUCCGGCUUUCCAUCACCCCGCCCCAUUCUCCCGCUUUCCAUCACCCCGCCCCAUUCUCCCGCUCUCCAUCACCCCGCCCCAUUCUCCCGCUUUACAUCACUCCGCCCCAUUCUCCCGCUUUCCAUCACCCCACCCCAUUCUCCCUCUUUCCAUCACCUCGCCCCAUUUUCCCUCCUUCCAUCACCCGCCCCAUUCUCCAUCCCUCCAUCACCCCACCCCAUUCUCCCGCUUUCCAUCACCCCGCCCCAUUCUCCCGCUUUCCAUCACCCCGCCUCAUCCUCCCGCUUUCCAUCACUUCGCCCCAUUCUCCUGCUUUCCAUCACCCUGCCCCGUUCUCCCGCUUUCCAUCACCGCGCCCCAUUCUCCCGCUUUCCAUCACCGCACCCCAUUCUCCCGAUUUCCAUCACCCCGCCCCAUUCUCCCGCUUUCCAUUACCCCGACCCAUUCUCCCUCCUUCCAUCACCCUGCCCCAUUCUCCCUCCUUCCAUCAUCCCGCCCCAUUUUCCCGCUUUCCAUGUCCCCGCCCCAUUCUCCCGCUUUCCAUUACCCCGCCGCAUUCUCCCACUUUCCCUCACCCCGCCCCAUUCUCCCGCUUCCCAUCACCCCGCCCUAUUCUCCCGCUUUCAAUCUCCCCGCCCCAUUCUCCCGCUUUCCUCACCUUGCCCCAUUCUCCCGCUUUCCAUCACCUCGCCUUAUCCUCCCGCUUUCCAUCACCCCACACCAUUCUCUCGCUUUCCAUCACCUUGCCCCAUGCUCCCUACGAUUUCCAUCACCCCGCCCCAUUCUCCCGCUUUCCAUCACCCCGCCCCAUUCUCCCUCCUUCCAUCAUCGCGCCAAAUUCUUCCGCUUUCCAUCACCCCGCCCCAUUCUCCCGCUUUCCAUCAACCCGCCCUAUUCUCCCGCUUUCCAUCACCCCACUUCAUUCUCCCGUUUUCCAUCACCCCGGUCCCCGCCCCAUUCUCCCGCUAUCCAUCAUCCCGCACCGUUCUCCCGCUUUCCAUGACCCUGCCCCAUUCAUCCGCUUUCCAUCUCCCCGCCCCAUUCUCCCUCCUUACAUCACCCCGCCCCAUUCUCCCGCUUUCCAUCACUCCGCCCCGUUCUCCCGCUUUCUAUCACCCGCCCCAUUCUCCCGCUUUCCAUCACCCCGCCCCGUUCUCCUGCAUUCCUGCACCGUGUUCCAUUCUCCCGCUUUCCAUCACUCCGCCCCAUUCUCCUGCUUUCCAUCACCCCGCCCCAUUCUCCCUCCUUACAUCACCCCGCCCCAUUCUCCCGCUUUCCAUCACCCCGCCCCAUUCUCCCGCUUUCCAUCACCCCGCCCCAUUCUCCCGCUUUCCAUCACCUUGCCCCGUUCUCCCGCUUUCUAUCACCCGCCCCAUUCUCCCGCUUUCCAUCACCCCGCCCCGUUCUCCUGCAUUCCUUCACCGUGUUCCAUUCUCCCGCUUUCCAUCACUCCGCCCCAUUCUCCUUCUUUCCAUCACCCCGCCCCAUUCUCCCUCCUUCCAUCACCCUGCCCCAUUCUCCCUCCUUCGAUCACCUCGCCCCACUCUUCCGCUUUCCAUCACCCCGCCCCAUUCUCCCGCUUUCCAUCACCCGCCCCAUUCUCCCGCUUUCUAUCACCCCGCCCCGUUCUCCCACUUUCCUUCACCCUGCCCCAUUCUCCCGCUUUCCAUCUGCGGAGAUAA